AUGAAUUUGGAUGUGGGAAGUUUACCUACGAUAGUGCCUACUCCAGAGACAGUUCGUGUGAACAUCGAACGUUCUACCACCUUACAGUGUCGUGCAAUUGGACAUCCGGUUCCUGAGAUAACGUGGCAGCGUCACGGUGUUCCUAUUCAUACAAUGGGUAAUCGGGUGAAAACGCUCCCUGAUGGAAGCUUGCUCAUCAACAACGCACAAAUGGACGAUCAAGAUCGCUAUACGUGUACAGCGAAAAAUAUGUUUGGACAACAAGACAAGACAACAGUGCUUAUGGUAACCGGAUUAGUGAGUCCAGUCCUCGGACAUGUGCCUCCUGAAGAGCAGUUGAUUGAAGGCAAAGACUUGCGGCUAUCCUGCGUUGUUGUCUUGGGUACCCCAAAACCGAUACUCAAAUGGUUCAAAGAUGGAGUUCCACUUGAAUCUUCAGAUACCGUUAUCAUCGAAGGUGGUGGAAGUGGUCUUUUGUUGAGGAAAGGAAAUCGAAGAGAUGAAGGACGAUACACAUGUGCUGCGAUAUCACCAGCUGGCAACGCAACACUCAACAUCAAUGUGCAGUUAAUCAGAAAGCCUGUCAUUGAGAGCACCGGUAUCCAGCAGUAUGUCAUCUCGUUGGGCCGAUCUGUUGAUAUACCUUGUCGCGUCCUCGGUAAACCACCACCUCAAAUCACAUGGAGUGUUGAUGGAAAACCAUUAUCCACCAGUGGACCUGAACACAUGAUUUUGGUGAAACUUUAUUUUUAUCACAUUACUUCAGUAAAUUCUGCUCAGUCAAAUAUGAAACGAUUCAAUUGA